AUGUCACCCUCGUCCUCCUCUUCCAUCCGGCGGAUUGCCGCGUCCGGCUUGCGGACACGCUCAUCAUGCACAACGCCAGCUCUUUACACGUCUCAGACCGCCAAGAUCUCCUCAAUUGGAGCCUUCAAGAUCCCAAAAGUGAUCAAUGAGCCUAACCAACAUUAUGCCAAGGGUUCUGUCCAAAGACAAAACCUGACCGCCGCCAUUGAGCGACUGCAAAGCAAAGGACCAUUCCAGGUACCCGUCGUAAUCAAUGGCUCACAUAUCAAGAGUCAAGCGACACGCUCGCAGCACAACCCUGCCGACCAUGCUUCCGUUGUAGCCACGUACUCCACCGCGUCGCCCGCCGAUAUUACGAGAGCGAUAGGUUCAGCACUCGAAGCCAAGGCGGAGUGGGAAUCACUUCCGUUCGCGGACCGCGCCGCCAUUUUCCUCAAGGCUGCGGACCUCGUGGCUGGGAAGUACCGGUACGAUCUCAUGGCAGCGACCAUGCUAGGCCAAGGGAAGAAUGCGUGGCAGGCCGAGAUCGACGCCGCAGCCGAGCUCGUCGAUUUCUUGCGGUUCAACGUACACUACGCCCAAGAAAUGUACGCCCAGCAGCCGGAGCACAACGCCCCCGGCGUGUGGAACCGCGUCGAGUACCGGCCACUGGAAGGCUUCGUCUACGCUGUCACACCCUUCAACUUCACAGCCAUUGCCGGCAACCUUCCCGUGGCGCCGGCGCUUCUAGGGAACGUGGUGGUGUGGAAGCCGUCAGACUCGGCCAUCGCCUCCAACUGGCUGCUGUAUCAGGUCCUGCUUGAGGCUGGCCUCCCCAAGGGCGUGAUUCAGUUUGUUCCCGGCGAUGCGGAAGAGGUCACCAAGACGGUGCUAGCCCACAGGAAGUUCGCGGCCCUUCAUUUUACCGGCAGCACCGCUGUUUUCCGCAAAUUGUAUGGCGCGAUCGGCGCUGGCGUGGCGGAGGGUAGGUUCCAGUCAUAUCCGCGAAUCGUGGGCGAGACGGGAGGCAAAAACUUCCACUUAAUACACGAAUCUGCCGACAUCGAGAACGCUGUGAUCAACACUGUUCGCGGGGCAUUCGAGUUCCAGGGUCAAAAGUGUAGUGCUACCUCAAGGUUGUAUGUGCCAAGCUCCAUAUGGCCCGAGUUCAAGAAGCGCUUGGUGAAGGAAACCGAGACGCUCAAAGUUGGCAACCCCUGGGACCACGGCAACUUUAUUGGGCCCGUCAUUCACGAAGGCUCUUUCGAGAAACUGAUGACCGUGAUUGAGGAUGCCAAAUCAGACACGGGGCUCGAGCUUCUAGCAGGCGGCAAGUAUGAUGGCUCCACCGGCUACUUUAUUCACCCUACGAUAUACCAAGCCAAGAGCCCCAACCAUAAGCUCCUGUCCACGGAGCUCUUUGGGCCCGUCCUCACAGUGCACGUGUACGACAACCAGUCCAAAGACUCGAAGCAGGCAUUCCUCGACGCAUGCGACCUCGUAAAUUCGACCUCUGAGUACGGUCUCACCGGGUCGAUCUUCGCCACCGACCGCCAGGUAGUGCGCAUCGCCGAAGAGAGGCUCCGCGACUCUGCUGGCAACUUUUACAUCAACUGCAAGAGCACGGGCGCGGUGGUUGGACAACAGCCCUUUGGGGGUGGUAGGGCAAGCGGGACGAACGACAAGGCGGGCAGCCAAAACCUACUCGGCCGGUUCGUCAGCGUACGGAGCAUCAAGGAAGAGUUUAACUCAACAACCAAAGUGGAAUAUCCUAGCAACGAGGCGUAA